AUGGUGGACUUUGUUGUUGUGAAAAAAGGCGCUUUAGGAAGGACUGGCGUCAUUGAGUCAUGGGGCCGCCAUGUCAUGAAGCAUUUUACUCCAUCCUGUAUGAUUUACCUUCGUGCUGGCCACAUACCGCAUCUGACAUGGGAUGUUGCACAGAAUUGGUUGAAGCUGGACCAGACUCCUAUUUAUCAAUUGACGCUGCCGUCUUUGAUCGAAUCUGCGAAAGUGAUUGAAAAGUUUGGAGGAGCUCCUGCAUUUUGUGGAAUGCCUAAAAAUUCUGCUGUCCAUUUACAUAUCUAUGAUCCCCUUGGAGAGCAGAGAUCUGGCUUCAAUGAUUCAAGAUCGAUUGCCAUUUUCACAAAAGGAGGAAAACAAAUGCUUGACGCGGCAGGAUACCACAAAGUAAUUCAAAACUUCUUGUGUGAUUCAUUUGACACAAUGCUGGACUACGAUACUCCAAAAGGAUCGCUGAAUAAACGAAUGACGAAAGCAAUUGAGCGCACCAAGUCGUUCAAUGAAUUCAUAUUCAGAGAAGAUGGCGAUAAUCUUGAGGGUGCUGUAUUGAUCUCUUUGGGUGGAGGAUUCAGUGAUUAUCAUCGUAGAAAAUGCGCUGUUGAUGUUGGGCUUAGUAGAAAGUGUAAUGGAUACUCCGUGGACUUGCGUGAGUUUGUGCACGGAAAGGAAGUAAAUAAAGAGGAAUUAAAGAAGCUGGUUGAGGAAACAUUUGGCCCGCUUCCACCAUCAAAACUUCGUUUUGUAGCAGGUGUUUUUGAUCCAGCAAUGGUUUUAUACUUGACUAAGUUGGGUUUCGAUCUCUUUGAUUCAUCUUAUGCAGUAAAAAUGGCCGAAGAGGCAAAAGCUCUUCGAUUAGCCGACGACUUCCCACAUUCGCCACAUUUUGAGCUUCUAGACUUCGGUGAUGACAAGUAUGCCGAUGACUACGACAAAUUGUUUGAUUCCUGCGACUGUUACACUUGCAAGAACUACACCAGGAUGUAUCUACGACAUUUGACGAAUACGAAGGAAUUGCUGGGUCCCAUACUACUGGUGAUACACAACAUGGCUGAGUACCAGCGCAUGUUUUCUUUGUUAAGAAAGGCUAUCGAUGAGGGAGAUGCAUUGUGAUAGUAGCAAGCUGUUCUAUUACAGACUGAAGUUUUUUGAAUGUUCAGAAUUCGUUUUGUGAAGCACUUCGCCUAACGAGCUUACUUUGCAUUGUCAUUGAUUCCUGUUGUCUGUUGGUUUUAUGUUGUUGUUGUUCAAUAAAGGUUUAUC